AUGAGAGGUAAAGCUUUACUGAUUUUAGCUUUUGCAGUCAUCGUAGCGCAAUCUUCACAAAGCGUUGAUACAGCCGAUCUAGGCUCUUUUACUCAGUGGUAUUGUAUUGCCGAAUAUCAAAUCCAAUCUGCAAUUGUCAGAGGUUACAUGAGUUCUGGGAACGUAGACCCUAACGUUGUACCAAAUAUCCAAAACGCUGGAAACGCGUUUUUAACAGUCGGAGUAUAUAUGUUCCCAUGCUUUCCUUGCGGAAACCCAGCCAAGCAAGCUCAAGAUCUAGUUACCGCUCUUAAAGGCCAAACUUAUGAUUCUAUAUGAAUUGAUGUGGAAACCUACCAAUGGUCUAGCAAUGUACAAGCAAAUCAAGCGUUUAUUACAACAUUGGCAAAUACACUCAAAAGUCUAGGACAAAGUGUUGGGAUUUACACGAGCAGAGCUGAAUGGUCUACCAUUGUAGGGCUUAAUUGGAGUGGAGUAUCGUGGGCUGGCCUUUGGUAUUACCACUAUGAUAAUCAACAAAAUUUUAUGGACUUCCAGCCUUUCGGAGGAUGGGAGAUGGCUGACAUGAAGCAGUAUCAUGGACUAUAGUCUGCGAGACUUUUUGGCUUGAUAUAAGAUUACUUAAAAUAAGAAAUUUAUCUCUGGUAUUGUCAACAUGGAGUUAAUUUGUUAAUAGAAGACUGAUUAGUAACUCCUUCAUGAUGCGUAGGAAGAAUUGAGUUAGGGGCAGCCAAAAGGCUGCCCCAAGUUAUAACUAAGUCUACUUGUGGGAUUUAUGUCAACUCUGAUUGGUGGCCUUAA